UCUACGCCGAUUGGCGGAGAGGCUCUGCUGCAUGUGACGUCAUCCAGCGAGGGAGAGAGGCAGACAAACAGAGGGAGAAUGAGUGUAGUUCUUAAAUAGCGCGUCUCUGUCGCUGCUGACAGAAAAACGAAAGAAAAAGUUAGGGCAAUACACAAAAUAUAUAUCGUUUUUUCUCGGGAUUAGAACUAUUAUAUUACAUUUUGUUGGGCUGUAAUUUAUCCUUGAGACAGUCGCUAGUCUCCGUGGGUUUGGUAAAGGCUGCAGGACAACAGCUUUAUCAGACCCGUCAGACCAUGAACUACGUGGGCCAGCUGGCAGGCCAGGUGUUUGUCCAGGUCAAAGAGCUGUACCGAGGCCUCAACCCCGCCACCCUCUCCGGCUGCAUAGACGUCAUUGUCGUGAGACAGCCCGAUGGCUCCCUGCAGUGCUCGCCCUUCCACGUCCGCUUCGGCAAAAUGGGCGUCCUCCGGUCCCGGGAGAAAGUGGUGGACAUGGAAAUAAAUGGGGAGCCAGUGGAUCUUCACAUGAAGCUCGGGGACAACGGAGAAGCAUUUUUUGUACAAGAAACAGAAAAUGAUCAGGAAUUUGUUCCCUCCUACUUGGCUACCUCUCCCAUCUUGUCGGAUGGGGCCCUCCUGAUGAGCUCCUCCCUGAAGAGCUCCGGGUCCCCCAUACAGACCCUGGGCUCCAUGGGGAGCAAUGGAGAGAACAGCAGCCUGCUCAUGAAGAAAAGGAGGAAGAGGAGGAGGAAGAGUCGGGCAGACAGCACACGGAGGGAGGAGAGCGGUGACUACUCGGCGGAUGAAGACGUGUUCUCUAUAGACAUCAGCUCUGACGAAGGGACGGAAAAGGAAAACAACAGGUCAUCAUCUCGAGAUGUUUUGAGGGAGGACACGGCAGUUGCUUCGAGGGACGGUUCGUUUAAACAGAACGGCAUCUACACGCGAUCAGAUGGGGAGUGGAGCCCAGUCCAUAGUCUUGGGAACUCUCGCCCAGCUUCUCCUAAGAGUGACUCUGAAUUAAUCACCAAACGUUCAGAUGCAGACAGUCAGAAUCCAGCCAUGCACUGGGCGUGGGGGGAGCUGCCUCAGGCUGCCACGCCCUCCUUUCUUUCACUAAAGUCUGGCACACCAGCCGUCCGUCCUGUAUCCAUCCCGGUAUUAGAACGCACGCACUUCCGCGUGAUUCCUCCGGAGGCGCCGUCGGAGCAAUGUGGAGCCUGCGCUGAAGUACCGGCUCUCAAACUGCUGACGCAGGAGCAGACAGAGGUCAGGGAGGUAACAGAGUCCAUGAUGGUGGAGACACAGACGCUGACUUCAGAGACGCAGGUUACCGCAGCGACAAGUAUGGCGGCAAAGAUGGUGAUGGACGCGGAGGAGACAGCGUCUCGUCCGCUUGGCAAGACAGACUCUCCAUCCAAAAGAAAAGACAAAAGAAGCCGCCAUCUGGGUUCUGAUGGAAUUUACCUGGAUGACAUCACAGAGCUGGAGCCGGAAGUAGUAGCCCUGUAUUUCCCCAAGAGUGACAGUAGUUCCACCAUGAGGAGCAUUUCCGACCCGGGGCUCCACAGCACCAGUCUGUCACCGCAGUCGGUGAGCUCGGGGGGAGACAGCGGCGUGGACAGCUACUGUGACCCCAUGUCUGACAUGCCAUCUAUCACCAUUUCUCUGUGCGGGGGACUCACUGACAACAAGGAGAUCACUAAAGAGCAAUUUUACGAGAAGAUCAUCUCCUAUCAGCAGUUCACAGAAAGCCCCGCCAUCAUCGAUGACCCCAACUUAGUUGUCAAAAUUGGCACAAAGUACUAUAACUGGAGCACUGCGGCUCCACUCGUGCUGGCUAUGCAAGCUUUCCAGAAACCUCUGCCAAAGGCUGCAGUAGAGAAGGUUAUGAAGGAGAAGAUGCCCAAGAAAGGAGGAAGGUGGUGGUUCUCCUGGAGAGGCAGGAGCAACAGCACGAAGGCGGAAUCAGCCACUGAGCGUGGAGCCUGUGGCUCCUCUGAGCUGGUUGGGAAUAUAAAAAACAGACAUAAAGAAGAAACAUCAUCGAGUGAUGAAGACCACCUUACCGCCUUACAGCAGAGCUCUCCCAUCAUCCAGUCCGAGCCUGGAGUCCCAUCAGGAGGCGUGACUUACAAAAAAACACUCCGUCUCACGUCAGAGCAGCUGUUGUCUCUGCAGUUACAGGAUGGUCCUAACGACGCUGUGUUUAGUGUGACCACUCAGUACCAGGGUACGUGUCGUUGUCAGGGAACCAUCUACCUCUGGAACUGGGACGACAAGAUAAUAAUCUCUGACAUAGAUGGAACUAUUACCAGGUCGGAUACGCUGGGUCACAUCCUGCCCACGCUGGGGAAAGACUGGACACACCAGGGAAUUGCACACCUCUACCACAAAGUCAGCCAGAAUGGCUACAAGUUCCUGUACUGCUCAGCUCGCGCGAUCGGCAUGGCUGACAUGACCAGAGGAUACCUGAACUGGGUCAACGAGAGGGGGACCAUGCUUCCUAUGGGCCCCGUCCUUCUGAGCCCGAGCAGCCUGUUUUCAGCGCUGCACAGGGAGGUGAUCGAGAAGAAACCAGAAAAGUUCAAGGUGGAGUGCCUUACUGACAUCAAGAACCUAUUCUACCCAAACACGCAGCCUUUCUACGCAGCUUUUGGCAACAGACCAACGGACGUAUAUUCUUAUAAAGAAGUAGGAGUGCCACUAAAUAGGAUUUUUACCGUGAACCCUAAAGGGGAGCUGGUGCAGGAACACGCCAAGACCAACAUCUCAUCCUAUGUGCGUCUGGGUGAGGUGGUGGACCACGUGUUUCCUCUCAAGGUGCGAUCCUGCUCCUCGGACUUUCCCUGCUCUGACACCUACAGCCACUUCACCUACUGGAGGGAGCAGCUCCCCCGGGUGGACUGUCAGGGAACUACCCCCCCACAGACUCCCCCUCCCCCUGGGAGCUGACCACCUUACCUGUGAUCUGCUGAGCUUCUCCUUGCAGGAGGAGCGUUGAGAUUGGCAGAUGUCAGAAUUGAAAUGUAGCAGAGAUUUAGACACGUUAUUGUAAAUACUUAGAGACAAUUAAGCACUUUUUUUGUGCACAGCAGUGUCAACCUAGUAGACUUAUCUGCUGUGAGUAGUCUUAAGACAUAAAAUGAAGACAAGCGCACAUUUAACAAGUCCUACAUGCGUGUAUGUAUGUAUACAAAAAAUAAUAGUUAUUUAUUCAGGCAGCUUAGCACAAGUAUUUUAAAGAGAAAGCUGAUAUUAUAUAGUCUUUCUUUCUAUGUAUCCAGACUGUUGCAUUCUUUGUUGAACAAAUGCAUUAUUCAACCUUACAUACACCAAAUGUCACUCAGACUUGCAGAUUUAUUUUCCUACUUUUUCACUUGUGCAUCAGUCAGCAUGGAAAUGCAACUCUAUUCAUGCAGACUAGUGUAAAUGUAGAAGAAUGUGUGUAGAUGGUCCAGUGAUGUCAGUAUUGGUAAUGUAGUGCAGUUAAAACUGCCGUGGAAAGAAUCUACCAUUAUGCAGCUUUAUUUUCCAGUUUUGAAAUGAAUGUCAAUGUGUAAGAAGAGAAAAAGCACAACAUUGUUAGUGGCUGUAGCCAUUAACUUCCUCAAAGACCUUCAUCUGUGAGAUGAAUUGCUGAAUUAUAUCUAUUUUUUUACCCAAACCUCAGUGUGCAUGAGAUGAGAGUUGUGAUUGUGCAAUUUAUGCUUUAUGAAACACCUGAUACUGUAUAAAAUGUAGCUUUCACCUGUGUUAUUUUUUAACUGAAGCGUGUGAAAACCGUCUCGUCUUAGAAAGGACAGUCGGCCAAAUUAUUGACAGGAAUGUUAAGACUGUUUCUCUGCGUAGCAACACUUGAAAGGAUCUUUAUUUCUCGCGGUUAUAUUUAGUAUUCAAGCAGGGCCAUGGUUUAAUGUGUCUUUGUGAGUUACUGAAUCGUGUUAUAGCUCUAAGCUGACUGAAUAAUAUGAAAGAUGUUCCACAACAAUUCAAUUAUUCUUUCUAUGAAAGAAAUCAAACAACCUGAAAUCAUUUUAUUUUUGCCUUAAUUUUGAACAUGAUCUGUCCAUUGCUAUACUCCAUUUUUAAAGUGGUGUCAGUAAAAAUGAUUUUAGUACCACAGUGAGUGUUUGGUUACAUUCUUCCUCCUCUGUAAGCACCUCCCAUAUCACAUCCACCUGAACAGCAGAAGAACAAUGUCAUUUCAUGUGAGAUAAAGCCUCCAGGCUGUUUAUUCUUAUCCUUGACAAUAAAAGUUGACAGA